AGAGAAAAACGAAACAAACAAUAUAAACGAUACAACGAACGAAAUAAGAAACGAUAAAAAACGAGUUCGAAAUUCGAGCAUGGGCUACAACCCUGGAAAUUGGGCUACAACCCUGGAAAAAAUUGCUGUAAAAAGUGUCAUUCUCGUUGGAAAAGUGGAAGAAGUUUAGCAAACCGCAGCGUAAAAUACUGGAUUGUAAGCAGAAAAAAGGACCUUUUACAACCAAAGAAAUCUUCCGCAACAAUCCGGGCGUCUCGAAAGGAAAACCCUCCAGGAGCUUCAAGGUUCGGGAUUCUGCAAGGAUUUCUCCUUCGUCCUGAAUUCGCCUUCCAGGCAUUACGGAUAGCCUUUUCAGCUACCAAAGGGAACGAACAGAUUGCUUCGAAUCAACUCAGGAUCAUUUGUGUCCGUGCGGGAAAAAUAUAGGCGAACUUAGAAAUUCCCCAACAAAGCAAUAGCGACUCUCAGAAAAUUGGAACAUGUGGCCAUAGCAGCCGGCCUCUAAACCAAAGGGGCUUUAUCUUCAGAGUAGUUUACGAGGGUUGAGGAAGAAAUAUGUUGAACUAUCCUAACUAUUUCUUAACAUUUUCGGCCUUUUUCGUGCGCGAUUAGAACAAACUCAACUCCCGUUGUCGUUCUCGUUGGAAACUGCCGGAGACUUGAAGAAUUACAAACUUACCGCGAAAAGAUCAAAAAUCUGGUUGACACACCUCGUGUGGCGGAAGAAGAAGCCGCCACGAGUUCUACCCACCCAAAAUCUACCCCGUCUAUUCCUCCAAGCUACCGAUUGCGCCUAUAGGUUUGUUGAAUUGAUCCUAGGCAACCGACCAGCGAUCCUUCCCGGAUCAAUUAAACAUGGAGAAACGUAUUUUAUUGGAGAAGCGAGGUCGCACAGACGAUCAGAUCACAGAGCUCAUCCUCGACAACUGUCGCAGUACCUAUAUUGAUGGACUAACAGACAAUUUUACUGCGUUGGAAACGCUUAGUCUUAUCAAUGUGGGUUUAGUAUCGCUGAAAAACUUUCCUAAAUUAAUCAAUUUAAGAAAGUUAGAACUAUCUGACAACAGGAUUUCUAAUAGCUUAAGUCAUCUUGUUGGAAGUCCAAAGCUGACGCAUUUGAAUUUGUCAGGAAAUCGUAUAAAAGAUUUCGACGAGCUGAAACCAUUACAAAAUUUGGAAAAUCUAGAAGUGCUGGACCUUUUUAACAAUCAAGUGACGUUAGUUGAAAAUUAUCGUGAUAAAAUAUUUCAAUUGUUGCCAUCGUUAAAGUACUUAGAUGGAUUCGACAAGGAUUUUGCCGAAGCUCCAUCUGAUGACGAGGAAAUAGUUGAUGAUGGUAAACCACAUCCCUCGCGGUUCUCCAUUAACGGAAUUGAAAUCGAUCUAGAUGAAUUGGAAGAACUCGAAACUCGGAUACAACAAAAGCGAUGUAUAGAAAAAAUGACGAUUAAUGAUGCGAUUGAUGGGCUUGAGUCCAGUAUGCAAAAACUUGAUAUAGCCAACAGCACUAUAAGUUCUUCUAAAACGACAAAAGACGAAGACGAAUUCGAAAAAGAUGACAUAGAUUACUUGUAUGAAGAGAUACAGCGAAAACAAGCAAUCAUUCACGAUGAAGAAAGGCAACAUCGAUACAUGCCAUCAAUUUUCUCGACACUGUUUAUGUUUGCCUCUUUGCUUGCAUUCAUUAAUCAAAUAUGUUUUCACAAUAUGUCCCCAAUGAUUAAGGAGGAAGAUGCUUGCAAUCGGGGUUUCAUUGAAGAAGAGGACACUUGCGAGGACUCGGAUGACGUUUCUCUGGCUUAUCUGUAUAACGAUGAUCUUGAGGAGGACCAGGAAGAUUGGAAGAGCGUUGAGGGUGAUUACAACCAAGGAGAUGACGAUAGUGAUAGCGACGAUGAAGAAGGAAUAGAAAACUGUGAAGUGGAAGAAGCAAGUAGCGAUGGUCCUAGGGAGGAUGAUGAAGAAACAGAAGAUAACGACGAUGAUUCUGAAGAGGCUCCGACGGAUGCUACAGAAACAGGGCCAGGCGCAAACCGUGCACCUGGCGAUGCAGGAGAUUCCCGCAAGAAAGCUGUUGUAUCAGAUGUCAGGGGUAAAAAGAGGAAGCUCGACGGUACGGACAGCGAUGGUUGAGAACACAUGAAAUGAGGCAUUAUCCACCUACGAGUCAUACGCGACGUGACAAAUUCUUUUUUACGGCUACACACAAACUGGAUUCUUUUUAUUGUAUUUCCUUUAAUUUACGUCAACAUUGCACAAUCACGAUAUAAAAUAGCGCAUAAUAUAACUAUAGAUUUGUUGAAUUCAUUGCCGAAAGCCGAUCACCGAAAAAUAUGCCAUUAAGGUACUUUCACACCGAAGGCGUUUUUCACGCAAAAAACACGUUUGAAUCGAAUCAAACUAUCUGGAAGUGAUGACACAUCGCACAAAUAGUUCUGUUUUGGAGCAUUUAAAAGAGUUCAAAGUUGGCAUUUUUUGGAUCUGUAAACAUCUACGAUAAAAUA